AUGGUGUUGCUCGUACCCGAGUUCAAGCAUGGCGCCUUCAAAGACAAGACUACCUGGAAUGUCAGGCUAGCCGACUGCUUUGACAUCCUCGUCAGCUCCUCCCUCCUAGACAAGCAUGAAAAGGGAAUGCUCCUGGAAGUCAUCGACGGCAUCGAAAGGAUGGCCGACGAAUACAGAGCUCCAGGCAGGAAAACGACGUGCGAAGAGAUGUGUGUGAAGCACAGAUAUACGUUCGCGGGAUUCUUCAUGAUAGUUCAACUUGAUCGCGCAAUGAACGGCAUCGAUGUCAUCUCAGAGGAACUGAGAAAGGGAGCGCUAGCCAGUCUUUCCUUUGAGGGGGAAUGCAAGGGUUCAGGCGGACUAGCGGUCCUUGAAGAAGAGACAUAA